AUGCUAGCGCUCUCGGCGUCGCGGGCGGCGAUGGUCACAGUCGCGCCGACGUCGAUCGAGUUUACCAACGUCGAGGCCAUGACAUGCUACCUCGUGGCGCUGAGCGUCCAGAACACGAGCCGGUACUCGGUGCGCUUCCGGCUCACGCGGCCAGCCUCGCGCCAUUUUCGCGUGCUUCUGGACCAGCAAGACUUGGCGCUCGUGGCCAACCCGACGCGGACGCUGUCGCCGGGCCUCGCCAUCAAGUUUGACGUGUCGUUCCUUCUCGAAGCGCUGCCCGAGAGUUGCGACGACGACCUCCACGACAAGCUGCUCAUCCUCGUUGAAAACAGCGCGCCGAUCGAGAUUCCCUUGGUGGCGCGCCGGCCGUCGCCCGCGCUGCGCUUCGACUCGCUCAUCGAUCUCGGCAUGGUGGUCUUAUCCCAGCGCACGGCCAAGUACGUCAACAUCGCCAACGUCGGCGCGCGCGAAGCCCACUUUUCAAUCGAGACCGAAGCCGGGCUGCCAUUGACCAUCACGCCGAAAGCCGGCGUCAUCCCCGCGCAGUGCGAGGCGAAGCUCAAGGUCGACUUCCAGGCGCGGGACCUCGGCAGCUUUCGCACGAUUGCGAUGAUCCGCAUCACCGAAGGCCGCAAGCAGGCGCUCCUCGACAUUAGCGCCACCGUCGUGGAGCAUACGAUGGAGCUCGUGUUUCCGAGCAGCGACGGUCUCGUCCACGAACCUGUCAAGAUGCUGCCCUUUGGCAUGCUCUACACGGGCGAGACGCGCCAGAUCGACACGGUCUUGCGCAACAACGGUCCACAACCGGUGGGGUUUCAGACGGGCAUCUCGCUCACGGGCCGGCCUUUCCGAGCCGGCGAUGAAAUCCCCGAAGACGACGGCGGCGACUAUGAGGAAAAGAAGAAGGAGCUCACGGCGAUGCCGGCCGAGGGCUACAUCCCGCCGUAUGGCCACGUGCUCUUGUCGUUCGUGUACAAGCCGAGCAUGCUGCUCUCGCAGCGACUGCGGCGUCCGUCGUUGGCGGCCGAGAACAACCCGCUCGAAGCGCAGGGGCGGCCACUUCGCGCGUUUGCGUCCGUCGAGUGCGCCGAGCUCAACCAAAACAUCACAAUUGAAAUCUCGGGCACGGCGGUGACGCCGCACGUGUCGAUUUCGCCCGAGUGCUUUGACUUUGGCGAGUGUGCCGCCGGGGCGCGCGUCGACAUGCUCUUGAGCGUCAAGAACCAAGCGACGCUCCCCGUCGUCUUUGCGAUCGCCAAGCUCGCGCACUUCAGCGUCCAGCCAAGUCGCGGUCGCCUCGAUGUGCUCCAGUCGCAAAGUCUCAUCGUGAGCUUUGUGCCGUCGCAGCUCGGCCGCUUCCGCAAUGCACUGGAUCUGAGCAUCCAAAACGGGUCGAUCCACAUUCCGAUUCCAGUGUCGGGCGCAGCGACGUCGAUGGGGCCCAAGACGAAGACGCUGGUCGGUGGCCCGGAUGCGCUGCCGCAGGACUUUCGGCCGAAAUUCAACUUUAUGACGCACGACGACGUCAAGCUCCAGAAGACGCAACCGACCAAGUCGUUCCAGCGCGUGCCGCCGUACGAGGUGGCCGCCAAAGAAGGCACGGCGGCCGUCGACGAAUUUGAGUUUCAAGGCACCAACAACACCCACUUGACGUACUGCGUCAACGAACUGGCCGACCGCGCGCACCACCGCGAUGCAUACAACCAGCUACUGACGCAGUUCCGGCACGACCGGUUCGCCAAGAGCGUGCCAGCACCGAGCAACCAGAACGCUGCCGACUUGGACAUGGCGCCCCAGGGCGGGCUCAAAGGUCCGGAUCUGCCGCUGCCCAAAGCCACGGAACCGCUGUGGAUGCAGUCGGAGCAGAACAGUCGGCGCGGCGUCGCGGCCGCCAACCCCGCGUUUGACGAAAACAAACUCAUCAAGCGCAAGUUCAAGGCGGCACCCGUGACGCAGGCUGAAGUCAAGGACUGUGCGACGACGUUGACGUCCGAGCAGCUCAAGCUCAUUGUCGCGGGUCCGAAAACGAUUCAUUUUGGCCUUGUGUGCGUCCACUCGGUCUCGAAGAAAUCAUUUAGCGUCACGAACGACCUGCCGCACAACAUUCUCGUGGCCCUGCACUUCAACAACGACCACGAAGAGCUCCACCAAACAUCGCCGAUGAGCCAAGUGGUCCCGGCCGGCGCCGUCGCGGGCUUUGACUUGACCUUCUUCUCGCGCGCCGAGCAGGUGUUUCAAAAGUACGUCCAGUACUCGGUCAACGGCCAGCACUCGUUCAAACUGCUCAUUGUGGCCGAAGUCGUCCCGAUCUGCGUCGAGCUCUCGACACCUGUCCUCGAAUUUGCCUUUGACGCAUCCGACCUCUCGCCCACGGUCUCGUCGACGGUGCAGGUCAAGAACCCUGGCAACUCGGAAGCGCACUACCGCUGGGUGCCCGAGGCCGCCGACCAGUGCGCGUUUGAAGUCACCCCCGUCGCCGGCGCGAUCGCCGCCGGGGGCACGGCGAGCGUCCGCGUCACGUUUGCGCCGCGCUUUGGCGUCCCGAAUCAAGCCACCCUCUGCGUCCUUGUCGACGGCGGCAAAACCAACCAAAUUCACUGCGUUGGACACCUCCCAGAGCCAAAGUGCGUCAUCAAAGACAAGAAAAUCGACUUUGGCGCGACGACCGCGGGCAUUCCCAAGGAGAAGCGACUGCUGCUCCUCAACCAAAACGCGGUCGCGCCGACAGUCUACUAUGCGGAGGUUGAACCUGCGACCAACGGCGUGAGCAUCAAGCCAGCAGAAGCCUGUCUCCUCCCGUCCGACACGACCGAGCUCCUCUUGGGCCUCGACGUGCGCCGGCCGCUCGUCCUUGAAAACGUCAACCUCGUCGUUCGUAUUCGCGGUGGCCGCACGAUUCGGAUACCGAUUUCAGCCGACGUUGUCGUACCCAAGGUUGAGUUUGAGUCGCCGCUCGAGAGCUUUGCGUUUGGCGGGCUCACGCUGGGCGUGCACGCAACGAGGGCGCUCCAACUCGCGAACCGCAGCCUCGUACCAGCGCAUCUCGAGCUCCUGUUUGAGAAGACGCCCGAGUUCAACGUCGUGAUGCCCCAGUCGCUCAACCCGAGCAUUGACGACGUCCAUGGCGUGUUUGGGCCGCUCGACCCACUAUCUGACGCGACGCCGACGCGCAACUGGCGCCUCGUGCUGCCACCGGAGGCGUCCGUGGCGCUCGAGCUCACGUUUCUGCCCGACGUCAUAGCGUCGCACGCGUUUCCGUUUCCGAUGCAAUUCGAAGGCCUCUUAGUGCGCAGCGACCCGUUCGACCGCGUCGUGACGGCCACAGGGCUCAAGCCGCGGCUGCUCUUCUCUUCGACGACGCUCGACUUUGAGAAGCGCGUGGUCGCGACCGACAAUGCGCGCAAGAUUCCGUAUUCGGUGUCGCUCGUUUUAACCAACGACGACCCGAACACGAUCAAAUGGCACAUGGACCUGACGACUCUCAUGCGGUCAAGUCCCUCGGUGUUUCACAUUGCGCCGUCGUCGGGCGAGCUCGCGGCCGGCGACAAGUGCACCGUGCGCGCCAGCUUUCUUCCGGUCGAAGCCGAGGCGUACACGGCCGACAUUCCCGUGCUUCUGGACGAUUUACCCUACUUGACGCUGACGAUGGUCGGUCAAGGCAUCCACCCGCACCUGAGCUUCUCGGUGCCGCGCAUCGACUUGCCGCCCGUCCCGCUCGGUGUCGCGUCGUCGGCGUCCUUCUUCGUGACCAGCACCGGGUAUGACAACUUGGACCUGAGCUAUCGGCUUCCGAUCGACCUCAACCGCGUGCCCAUCACCGUGACGUUUCCGGACGGCAAGGCGAUCGGGAUCGCCAACCCGCGCAUUCAGGUCGACGUGUCGUUUUGCAGUCUCAAGUCGAUCGCGUUCAACGCCAAGCUCGAGUUCUUUGACGCCGAAGGAAACGAGUUUGACCUGGCGCUGAGCGGUUCGACCGACAACUGCGUGCUCACCAACGCCGCGUUUAUCGACGCGCACCGCGCCGAGUACGUCUUCUACACGGACAUGGAGGCGCGUCACCCCAUCUACUUUCUCGAAAAAACGCAACUCAAACUACUCGCCAAGCGCACGGCCGCUGCCGCCGCGCCGCUCAAAGAGCCGGUGAGUCCGAUGAAGCGACAAGUGACGCCCGCCGUGAGCAAGAAGCGCGCUGUCAAAGGCGUCUCCGCCGCCCCCGUCGGCGACACGGCCCCCGCCCCCGGAGGGUACGUGGACGUGAGUGGGAAGCUGUACCAUGCGCCGUCGUUGCACGAGCUCCGCCCGGAAGAAAUCACGCUCCUCGUGAAAUGGCUCAACAUGAACAUUCUCAAGACCCCGAUCGUGUCGUUUCCGCAUGACAUUGUCUCGGCGGCCGGCCGGCCCGUCUACGAGAUGCUCGACGUUGUAUGUGGCAAAAGCGUGCCCGGGCGACUCAAGAGUGUCUCGGGGCUCAAGAAAGAGCAGUUGCAGCAGCUCAUGGGCCAGUACACGGAGCUGCUCCGGUUCCUCAAGAGCUACGGCGCGCUCCUGAACGACCUUCGUCCCGAGCAGCUCCUCGACCAAGACAUGUACAUUCGCUGGAUGGAAGACGACGGGUCGACGCACUCGGCGCACUCGAGCAUCAACCGCCGGGCGACGCUCGAGAAGGACUAUGCCCGCGUCAGCGUCCACGUGUGGCUCAAAAUCGUCUAUCAAGUUAUCAAGUGCUUUGUGCUCUUUCGGAUCUCGAUGAAGUCGUUCCAGAACCUCCCGGGCAUUGAGGCCGCGACGGCGCUCAAGCCGCUCGCCGUCAUGACGCGCGACUGCACGAAAAGCAAUGUCUACAGCGAAUCCGAGAUGGUGCUCAUCCAGUGGCUGCUCCACCACGCCAAGCGCGCGGCCACCGUGUCCGAGCCCCGGCUCAUUGUCGACUUGGAGACCGACCUCCGCGACUGCGUCGUUCUGUCCUACGUUCUUAUAUCGCACGUACCGUCGCUGGCCGCCGAGGCCGGGCCUCUCUACGGCUUCCACCGCAACCCAACGACGCCCGAGCACGUGCUCGAGAACGCGUCGUCGUUGCGCAACGCGCUCAGUCUCCUGGGCUUGGACUACGGCCUCGCGCCCGACCUCCUCUGCUCGCUCUCGCUGCCGUCGACGGUCUUGCUCGUCUUGCACCUGUACCAGAACGUGCCGCAGUUCAUCCCGAAAACCACGAUCGAGUUCAAGGGCAUUUUGGGCCAAACGAUCACCAAGAGCAUUGAGCUCAAGAACCCGAGCAAGAAGACCAUCGUGUACGACGUCUUUCUCGAAGGCCAAGUGCGCGAGUUUAGCAUUUCCGCCCACACCCUCACGCUCGAGCCAGAGAAGAGCGCGACGUUCGUCGUGGACCUCAAGCCCAAGUUUACCCGCACGGUGACUGCUCGCUUGACGUUCCGGUCCGUGCGCGACGGUCCGUCCUGCGCAGCGACCAUGGUGUUUUUGCUCGAGUCCAACAUUUACUCGAGGAAGCCGGUCCGCGUCUACCAGUUUGACACGACGUUGUACGACCGCAAGCUCGAAGAGAUCGUGAUUGAGAAUCAGUUUCCUGUCAACGGCGUCUACAAGCUCUCGGUGCUGCAGCAAGCGCCGGCCCGCCACGAUGCGAGCGCGACCACGAUCCUCUCGAAAAUGAGCAGCGACGACGGCUGCAUGGACGCACAGCUGCCGUUCUUCCUCCCCGAAGUGACCACCGACACGAUUGCGAUUCGAAAAGACGCAUCCACGUCCAUCAAAGUCGAGUUCAUUCCGCUGCAGCCCGGCACGUACAAAUGCCAGCUGCUCUUCCUCGAUGAGAACGUCGGCGAGUUCAUGUACGAAGUCCAGUGCACCGCCCACUUGCCGCCCGUGCUCGAGACCCUCGAGUUUACUUGCGAGAACAAGCCGCAUUUGCUCAAGGAGCUCACUGUGCCGGCCAAGAACCCACUCCUGACCAAGGCGGUGGCGUGCAUCAUCGACCGCUUCCAGGGCAUUCUCAAGGCCAAGCUACGCGAGUCGCUCAAGAAGUGCGAGGACGCACACCACACCAACUUUCACAUUGAAGUCAACUCGCCCUACUACGUGCUCUCGUCCACCGACAUUGUGCUCAAGCCGGCGAGCAACAGCGCGCUCGAGAACGAAAAGCGCGCCAGCAGCAAUACGGCCGCCAACGCCGCCGCGACGCCGGCCCAAGCCAAGCUCAGCACGCCCCGCAACAGCGCCGGAACGCUGCCGCACCCGUCGCUCAAUUCAGUGGCGUUCGACUUUCAGCCGCGCGGCGCCGGCCUCUACGCGUGCAAGCUCCUCCUCCGGUCGACGGCCAACUGCGGCAGCGACAUCCGCGUCUACGAGAUUCUCGCCAAAGUCAACGACGCCGGCGUCAAGACGACGCUCGAAUUUUCCGCUCCGGCGCGACAGACCAUUACCCAAGAGAUCCCAAUUAUCAACCCGACGGACGAAGCAUGGACCCUCCGCGCGACGCUCAGCGGGACCCAAGGCGUCUUCUCCGGCGCGUCGACGCUUGUCGUGCCAGCAGGCAAGACCGCCAACUUUGCGCUCAUCUUCAAGCCGCAGUGGCUCGUGACCGAGAAUGGCAGCCUUGUCCUCACCAAUCCCAAGACGGAGCAAUCGUUCGAGUUUAUGCUCGGGGGUGUCGGCGAAGAGCCCCUCGCGGUGCAGCACGUUGUGCUUUCGUGCGUCGCGCGGCAAAGCGUCGCGCACGAGUUUGACGUGCAGACGUAUCGGUACGACCCGCCAGGGCCGACAUCGUUCAGCGUCGAAUCGGACCUGCCGUACGUCGGGGGGGCUCCGACCAUCGUCCUCGACGGCCCCAACUCGACUGCGCAGUACAAGCUUCUCUUUAGCCCGCUCCUCGGUGGUUCGUACUUUGGCAGCAUCACGUUUACCAACACCCGCACGGGCGAGUACUCGUGGUACACGAUCGAAGCGAGCGUCGCGGCGCCCGAGCCCGAGGCGACGCUCGAGAUGCACGCGGCUGUCCGGUCCGCCGUCGGUAUGGAGAUCAGCCUCCAGAAUCCGCUCUCGCACGCCGUGACGUUCACGAUUCGCCUUGUCGGCGCGGGUCUCUACGGCCCGAGCGAGUUUCGCUUGGACGCGGAAGAGACGGGCAUCUACCAGCUGCUCUACUGCCCGCUCGUCGCCGGCAGCACUGUCGGGUCCAUCGGCUUUACGAACGAAGACGUGGGCGAAUUUUCCUAUGUGCUCGCGCUUCACGCGACGCCUGCGCCGCCGACGCAGCUCGAAGACAUGUCGUGCGCGGUCGGCGACGUGUGUUCGCAGCCGAUUUCGAUCGUCAACCCCAUGGACAGUACGUUCUCGCUCGAUGUGCAACUGAGCAACACGCGCAACUACCGCAUCCGCGACAUGGACAUCGUCGUCAAGCCGUUUAGUACAUACACGGCGAUCCUCGACUACACGCCGUCGAGUCUCUCGGAGUUUGAGUGCGCUGACAUUACGUUCCGCAACCCGGACGUUGGUGCGUGGGAGUACAUGGUCCAGGGCAAAGGCAAGCCGCCGAGCUUGAUGAAGACGACGCUGGUGCACGCGACCGUUGGCGAAGCCGCGAGCUCGCUCUUUGCUUUUCGUAACCCGUUCCCUGACGCGCUCACCGUUGAAGUCACCAUGGUGCAGCUCGACCCGACGAUCGAUGAUGGCAACCCACCGCUCGUAACGAAAAGUGACAAGGUGCCGAGCACGAGCAACAGCGUUGCCGGCACGACGGCGAAUCCGAGCCGCCAGCGACACCGCCCGCCGGCCCCCGUGCGGCCGCCCGUGUUUGACAUCCUCCUCAAGAAGCCCCAUGUGCUCCUCGAGGGCUUUGGCACGCUGCAAGUGCCCAUCUCGUUCUUGCCCAAGUACGUGUCCGAGGCCGGCGCGCACAUCAUCAUCAAAGGCGACACGGAGCUCGAGUGGGUCUAUCCGAUCCGCGGCAUUGCGGCCGCGCCCGUGCACCCCAAAGCCUACUCGUUUGUGUGUCGCGCGCGCGAGUCGGUCGAGAAGACGCUGUCGCUGGAGCUGCUGGCGCUCGAAAAGGUGUCGCCAGACGAGCGCUUUACGGUCGAGUGGGACAUUCCCGAGCCCCAUGCGCGGGUCGUCGAGCGCACGCUCAAAGUGACGCCGGUCGUGGACCGCAUCGCGAAUGUCACGGACCCGCUCGUCUACCUUGUGCGGUUCGAUCCGCUCAAACCCAUUCGCCUCGCCGUCGGGCUCAUUGUCAAGAAGCGCUCUGGCGGCAUGUGGCGCUUUGACGUGCACUUGGACGCGUCCGACCCGGUGGUGGAUGACAUGCUCACGAUCGAGUCGGCGCUCAACCAGACGUCUUCGGUCGCGUUCAAGCUCACCAACCAGUUCCGCGAGCCCGCGCCGUUCCAGGCCGAGUUCACGGCGGGCUCGUCCCAGGCGUUCACGGUCUACCCGGUGGAGGGCAUCUUGGCGCCGUAUGGGACCGAAGGCACGUCGUUUUCGAUUGCGUUUACGCCGACGGGCUAUGGCAAGAUGUGCUCGGGCCAGCUCGUGAUCCUCACGGACGAGAUGCAAUGGACGUUCAACGUCAAGGGCACACACCCCGAGUACAAGGCGCCGACGGGCGAGGCCAAGAUCUUUGUGCCGGCAAAGUCGACGCUGAGCAGCGCCAAAAAGACUAGCCCGCCGAACGCGCGGCGAAAGCUCUUCAAGUCGUCCCGUAAAUCCUAAGUCGACUAUGUAAUUGUGAAAAUGUGUACAUACAUCUGGUCCACCGACGCCUA